UUAGAACCGAAAAUAAUAAAAAUAAAGAAAAAAAAAGAAGGAAGAAGAAAACGAAAAUAAUGAAAACAAAAACGAAAAGCCUAGCAAAUACGCACCAAGAAUCAAAGAUGACAAAGAUUGAUGGCAAAAUUGUAACAGACAUUUGUGCAGAGGACCUAAAACUAUUAGGUGUAUUGUUUGGGAAUCAAGCUAGAAACUUUGGUCAGAAGUCAAACAGAAUUAAAUCCUUUUAUGAAAAGGUCAGGCAGAAAUAUGCAAAGAGAUCUGUGUUUAACAACCCUUACAACACGCUUGUUAAUGAAAUUGGAGGAGAUAUAAAUAAUGUGGUGUGUACUGGUACCUCAGUAUACACAGGGUUUGAACCAGCAACCCCAGACAAUGCUCGAGACAUUGCAACAAUAUUGGAGGCAUGUGAAGCAAAUAUUACAUUGGAGUGCUCAGACGAAUUUACGGCUGCAAUGGAAACCGAAAUAGAAGGCUGUAUUGAUACUACCGCUGCAUACAGGCAAAAAUUCCUGGAACUUUUUCAACAAAUUAAUGUUGCUGAACAGAUUUGUGUUCAAGUUACAGAACCCUCGAUACAAAAUCUGAUCCCGGAUCUUCAAGCAUGUAAUACUAUGAUAGCCUAUGAUACGAUAGCAUUAAACAGGAAAAUAAGAUGCAAUAAUGCAUUUCUUGAGUGCAGAAAGGCAGAAAGAGACAGUAUUCAAAUCAUAGCAGAAUGUUCUCCAAAUGACUGUACUAGUUGCUUAUGUGAGGUUACGACUGUUGGACCUAUCGUUGGAAGAAUAAGAAAUAGGAUGAAUCGGUUCAAAGAAUUAAAAACGUUUUUUUAAAACAGGCAAACUUGGUGUAAGAAUUCAAAAUAGUAUUUUGGAAUAAGAUAUAAUUUAUAACAGAUUAAAAUUUAAAUGUAAAUAAAGACACCUUUUAAAUUCUUA